AAGAUUUUUUCCCAAAUGUAAAUUGGUUUGAGAAAAGGCUUGGAGCUGGUCUAGGGUUUUAGGUAAAACCUCUACCUUUGCUUGCGAAUUGUGUCACAGACUCACGGCAAAGAUCUCGAGAGACCCCACAACAAAGAAGCACAUUUCCAUGGCGACCACUGCGUUAUCAAGAAACCCAACCCUCGGCUGCAUCUAUCGUUCCCUCGCUUCCAAAAUCACCCUCUCCCAGUUGAGAACAACCAAUCCCCCUUUUCGUCCCUUCCAUGGAUUUCCUCCUCAGUCUCUACUCCGCCCACCUCUCCCUCAAUCGGAGAUUCAUCUGGAUGCUAUAUACCGUAGAUUUCUCUGUAGCAGUACCAGUACUGCUACCGCCAGUCAAGCGAGUUCAUCCACGGGUGGAUCUUCGGAAGGUAAUUCCGGUAAAGGGGACAAGUCCGAUCAAUCACAGAACACUUCUGAGCAGGGGAAGUCCGUUCGUGGCGGGCCUGUCUCAUGGUUGAGCUUUCUUUUGCUGGUUGCUACUGGAGCAGGUGUGAUCUUCUACUAUGACAACGAAAAGAGACGGCAUAUUGAAGAUAUAAACAAUGCAUCAAUUGCAGUAAAACAGGGACCAUCUGUGGGGAAAGCAGCCAUUGGUGGUCCAUUCAGUCUUGUCAACCAUAAUGGUAAGGCAGUAACUGAUGGAGAUUUUCUGGGAAAAUGGACGGUGAUGUAUUUUGGCUUCACUCAUUGCCCUGAUAUCUGCCCUGAUGAGCUACAAAAGCUUGCUGCUGCAGUUGAUAAAAUAAAGAAAAGUGCUGGGAUUGAGGUAGUACCAGUAUUUAUCUCAGUUGAUCCUGAAAGAGACACUGUUGAGCAAGUUCAUGAAUAUGUCAAAGAAUUUCACCCAAAUUUGAUUGGGCUAACGGGUAACCCGGAGGAGAUAAAGAAAGUUGCUCGUGCAUAUCGAGUCUACUAUAUGAAGACAGAAGAGGAAGGCUCAGACUACCUUGUCGAUCACUCAAUAGUCAUGUACUUGAUGGACCCUAACAUGGAAUUUGUGAAGUUUUACGGGAAGAACAAUGAUGUUGAUGCACUUUCUGAUGGCAUAAUUAAAGAAAUAAAGCAGUACAAAAAAGUAAAAGCGUGAUUUUGGAUGGAGCGUUGUACCCAGAAUUCUUGAACUUAUAUUUUUUUGGGUAGAUCAUUUUCCAUUUCUUUUGGGUGGCUUUUCCGAGAUGUUUUGCAGAAAUUGCGAGCUUUACUAUUAGCAUUGCCAGUUUUUUUUUCUUUUGGUAAGUGAUUCAAAGUUGUCUUCUUGAUUUGAAUGACGGAAAUGAUAGCAACUGUCACAGGAAGUUUCAAUUCC